UGAUGACAGCUUCCAGUGGGUGAGUUUGUGAUUCGCAUCAGUUAUAUGAUACCCGUUGUAGCUGUUACACUAAACAAGUGAAGAAAGUAUCAAACCUUCAGAGAAUCGGUUCAAUCGAUUUUUUACAGUAUAAAUGAAAAGCAAACGAGUGCGUGACAUUAAAAACUCAAAAUAUGAUAAACGCUAUUUAUAUUUUGGGCGAACCGAUCAUUUCAAACCGCCUAUUUAGGGCGUGUGUAACUUUAGUGUACUUUUUACAAGUAUGUCCGUUGUCUAACACUGGAAUUGUGUCUCCCUUGGACAAAAGUGACAUGAUUUUAAGGAGUGCAUUCUUCCUACUAUCACCACACACACCCGACAAGAGCUCAGAUAAAAGAUCCACAACGCAAGCAAAGUCUUUUAACAUGUAUGAUCGAAACCAAGACGCCUAUAAAGAUCAUGAAAAGCCAGUUACUGCCGCAUCACAGUAUUUUCAUUUGAACAGUGAUAGUGAAGAGCUGCUAAAGUACUUUGAAGCUCCGAUGGAGUUUGCUACGAAAAAUUUCACGCUCGUAACUGCACAGAUAGGAAGCACAGCUCAUAUCCCAUGCCAAAUUCAUCACAUCGGUGAGUGUGUGGUAUCAUGGAUAAGAAGAAAGGACUAUCAUUUGCUCACUGUUGGACUAACUACCUACAGCAGCGACGACAGAUACAGCGCCACCCACUUGCAAAACUCUGAGGACUGGACGCUGCAAAUAAAAUUCGUCCAAGAUCGUGACGCGGGACUUUAUGAAUGUCAAGUAUCCACGCAUCCACCGACGUCUUUAUUCAUGGAACUGAAAGUGGUUGAACCGAAAGCUGAAAUUGUGGGACCGAGAGUAAAGUAUCUUACUCCAGAUUCUACACUUAAGCUCAUCUGCCGAAUUGUGCAAGCCACAGAGGCCGCUGCAUUCAUCUUCUGGUAUCAUAAUAAUCGCAUGAUAAACUACGACUUACACCGAGGGAUUAACGUUUCUUCAGAAGCUGAUUUUCUAUUUUCAGAACUCACAAUCAAUCAAGCUACCACUGAACAUUCGGGAAAUUAUACUUGCGUUCCGAGUUACUCUCAUCCAGCCAGUGUGGUUGUACAUAUAUUUAAUGGUGAUAAUCCAGCAGCUAUGUACCACGAAGACCGCAACACAACGCAAACAUGCCACCAGAUGUAUAAAUGGGUUUUGCAUUUUGAGGCCAUUAUUUUAUUUCUUUUAUUACGAACUAACGUGAGGGUUUUUCCAUAUUUAAUGUGAUUUAACCCGUUGAUAAUGUUGAUUAACCCUUUGAUAAUGAUUUUAUAAUUUAGCACUUAUUGCUUUUGAAAGUGAGAACAAAACGUUAAACGAGGGGAAUACUUUUCCAUCUGCUCAUGACACAUGUAAUUUUAAUUUUUAAAUGGUGAUUUUUAAUAAAAAGUAACUAAAACGAUCUAGUAUAAAAUACAAGAUUUAGAUCAUAGUGAUAUUAUUACUUCAAUAAAAUAUAUUUUUAUAAAUGGCA